AUGUGGGCAAAGACAGUUACAGGAAAUUUUGCCAAGGUGAUUCAUGGUUUGAAUGCAAAUCAGUUGACAGAUCAAGUAAUUCAGAGAAGUAAGCGAAUGAUUCUGGAUACUCUUGGAGUAGGGCUUCUGGGUACCAGCACCGAGGUCUGCCACAGAGUGGCACAGUACAGCAAGAUCUACAGCUCAGAUUUAUCCAGUACCAUCUGGGGCCACUUGGAUUUCCGACUGCCUCCUCUGUAUGCAGCUUUUGUGAAUGGAGUGGCUGUGCACUCGAUGGACUUUGAUGACACCUGGCAUCCAGCCACACACCCAUCCGGGGCUGUGCUCCCCGCAGUGAUUGCACUCUCAGAGGCCUUCCCUCAGAAGAAAAAAAUCUCGGGUCUUGAUCUGCUCUUAGCUUUCAAUGUGGGAAUCGAAGUGCAAGGCAGGUUGUUGCACUUCUCCAGAGAAGCCAGGAAUAUUCCAAGAAGGUUUCACCCACCGGCUGUGGUUGGUACGAUGGGGAGUGCAGCAGCUUGUGCUAAACUGCUAGCUCUUGACCAGCUGGAAUGUAAAAAUGCCUUGGCUAUUGCUGCCUCCUAUGCAGGUGCCCCACUGGCUAAUGCAGCAACCCAGAUAAAGCCCCUCCAUGUUGGGAAUGCUGCCAAGCAUGGACUGGAAGCAGCUUGCUUAGCUUUACAGGGCCUUCAAGGAAACAAACAGAUCUUGGACAUGGAGUCAGGGAUGGGUGCCUUUUAUACAGAUUACAACCCACAGACUCUGCCAACCCUGCAGUCCUACCCCUGGCUCUUGGACCAGCAAGAUGUGGCCAUCAAACGCUUUCCUGCUCAUCUUGCAACACACUGGGUAGCUGAUGCAGCAUCAUCUGUUAGGAGGAAGCUCGUAGAGAGCAGUGAGAACUUGCUCCCUCUUGAUAAAAUUGAGAAAGUCAUUCUCAAAGUCCCUGAGGUCAAAUACGUGAACAGACCCAGCCCAGCCUCAGAGCAUGAAGCACGACACUCCUUCCAGUUUGUUGCAUGCUCGGCUUUGCUGGAUGGCAGCAUGUCAGUCCGGUCCUUCGCCAGUGAGAACAUUCACCGGCCGGCCUUGUGGGAGCUCCUCUGCAAAACACAGCUGGAGCACCCUCCUGACAACACCCCCAGCUUCGACAGCCUUUACUGCGAAGUGAGUGUCACGCUCCGGGAUGGCAAUACCAUCAGCGACCGCUGCACCACCUUCUACGGGCACUGGAGGAAACCUCUGGAAAAGGAAGACUUGGAGAAAAAGUUUCAAUCCAAUGCGCACGGCAUCCUGCCCACAGAAGCCAUGGAAGGCAUUAUAGAGACCGUGUACAACCUGGAAAAAGUAGAGGACUGUUCUGUACUAAGUACAUUUCUAUCAGGACAGUCUGCUAGAGCACGUCCAGAGAAGCUGCACAUCAAGCGAUCUAAUACCUUUGAAAACAAGGUCUGAAAUAUGGAGCCACAAUAUGUCAGAAGGUACAAUAGCUUUUAACAAUCUUUCCAUAAGUUUGGAAGAUUAUACCAAGUGCAGCUGUAACUGAUCUUUACAAGCUUGAGAGAAGCCAGCUGAACCUGCAACCUUUUCCAACACCUCCAUGUAAGGUGCUCCUCUGGGAUCUCUAGAGAUUUUAAUUUUUUUUUCCCCUCUUGAUAAGGAAGGAACGGAUGCAAUCUGUUCUGAACAGAAUCCCCCACUACCGCUGCUGAUAAAUUUAAUUGAGAAGUUUUAUUGCGAGUUGACAGUUUUUGAAGCAGUACUGAUUUCUGCCAGGCCCUGUUCUCAUCUCCCACCCCUGAAGUGGCCCCAAACCACUAACACCAGAAAAUCUUAAUUAAAAAUCCCUCAGUUAACAGUUGGACUUGCCUGUCCUAGAGGACUUUUCCAACCUAAACAAUUCUAUGAUAUCACAGAUCAGUGUAUAUCUGGUUGUAGCAUCACAAGUCACCUGACCUCAUGGAUUCAUUCCAACUGCCCUGAGAGUUCUGUGCCUGCUACUAUUAUUCUAGUGAAAACUGUCACUAAUUUUUCUUAAAAGUAACUAAGUUCCCCCAGCUUUACUGGUACCAAAGAAACUUUUGCUCAGAAGCCUGUCCAUUUCCUAACCUUAAUUCCAAGGAAAAUCCUCACCAUCCA